UGCGCGUGACAUGGCGAACUGGACACAAGAGGACGGAGAUACAAAACCAUUCACAAACACCGCAGAAGUGUCAGCCAAAGCGCAGAUAUCAGGUAGAGAUGUGACAGGCGGACCAGGCGGAGACGUCGCGGUGGUUCAGUGUCUAAUCCCGUCAUUCGCGGACGCGGUGAAACUGCUGAACACGCGUUACUCGUGUCUAGUGCUGGACACUCCGCGCAAACACAUCGCGCUGCCGCCCGUCUACCUGUGCAAGAAACGCACCGGAAUACAGGAGGAACUGAAUGCCGAUCUGCUCAAAUACUCCACAAGUCUGAACGGCGUUCCUUUGGCGUAUGAUAAUAUUAAAGUUGUAGGACAGUAUGGAGAUAUUUAUGAUGAUCAAGGAUUCAUUCACGUCAACAUCGAGGCGUCAUUUGUGAUUUUCAGACCGAAGAAAGGAUCUAAGCUUGUGGGUGUAAUUAAUAAAAUCGGAGUGAGUCACGUCGGAUGUCUGGUGCAUGGAUGCUUUAACGCAUCGAUAGUGAAGCCCAAUCUGCUGACCCCAGAGCAGUGGAGGGACUCUGGACUGCAUGUUGGCGGCAGUCUGGAGUUUGAGGUCUUUCAGCUGGAUGCUGAUGUUGCUGGUGUGAUGCUCAUCAGAGGAAGGCUGGAGAGAUCCAGGGUCCAAGAGCUUGUGGCCCAAACUGAACAGAAUGAAGCCCUUGUGGAAACAGCUAAAGAACCGGCAACAGAAUCCACAGAAGAUACAACUGACAAUCCAAACCCCAAGAAGAAGAAGAAGAAGAAGAAAGACAAACAUGAAAAGGAGUCUGCUGUUGAAGAGUCUUUAAACGGCAGCAACCUACAUGAAACAUCUGAAAACCAUGAAACAACGGUGGACACAAUGGAGGUGGACUUCAAUUCAAAUAGACUUCACAAAGAGAAGAAGAAGAAGAAAGACAAAAGAAAAGAGUCGGAUGAGAGAUUACCCUUCGAUCUUCCGGGCGGGUAUGUUAGCGAUAAGACCAGCAAGAAGAGACGGGCGCCUGAGAGUGAAGAAACUCUCCAAGAGGACUCUGAAAUGCCUGUUGCCAAAAAGAAAAAAAAGAACAAAUGAUUGUCUUUCAGAAAUAGAGGGUUUAAAAGUGGUCUAAAAGAGGCUUGAAUGUCAAUAGGAUACUCGAGGGAAUGUGCGAUUUAUUUAUGCAGGGUAUCCGUGGGUCAUUAACAAGUAUUAAAAUAUAUUAAAUUAAUUUGGUGAAAAAUAAGGCUAUUGAAAUUAUGUGUUUGUUGAACAUUUCCCUCCUUGGGCCGUAAGGUCGAAUGAAAACCUUUCGCAGAUAGCAGAGAAUAGAUAUAUACAUAUGCGCUGAGUUCUGAUCCGGGGCUCUAGAUAUUCCCAAUUCCGUUUCUCCAUUGUCAUUUCAACAUUAACAGACUGGGUGCACGAGAAGACACAUUUCAUCCUCAGAGGUUCAUUCAUGUUUUGUCCAUGCUAUAAGAGCGCCCUGUGCAGGGGCGGUUCUAGAGGGUACUGACGGGUACCCUGCACGGCCCCCCUGAGAAAAAUGACUGACACCGCCCCUGGUGCAGUGCCCCGUUCUAUUUGAAUGGCCAGCAACCUUAAUCUGUCACACGUACCAUUAAAGAGUAUAAAUACAACAUUUAUUGUGCAAAUAUAAAAGCUUAAAAUACAAUACAAAUUUUCCAAAAAAUUACAUCUGAUUCAAAUGAUGGAGAGUGACUCAAUUUGUGAUUUGUGCAUUUGUAGCUGUAAUGUGUGUGUGUGUGUGUGUGUGUGUGUGUGUGUGUGUGUGUGUGGAAAUUAUGAGACUAGAAGCCGGUGACAUCGUUUUUCAAAUUAAAAGUCCCACAUUGAAAUGACUAAUUUUGAAGUUAAUAAAAACAUGAAUUAGUGUAAAAAGUUAGUACAAUAUUUUACAACAUCGAUUAUUUUUGGACAUCACACGAUAUGGUGAAAUUAACUUUAUAUUCAAAAGCUUUUUAUAAAAAUAAUUGAAGAUGUGUAUUAAUAUCUGAUUCACAGAUAAUGGUAAAACUGAACGGAUUAAAUGCAGUCUAUGUGCAAUUUUGAACAAUGUUUGUGGUUUUUGGAGAAUAUAUCUGAUAUCUGGUGGAUGCGCUUUCCACCAAUGUGGAAGAGAGAAUAUGAAUGAUCUGAAAAGUGACUUUGUGACACGUUGCGAUGAAAUCACCAAGUGUUGCUCAUUCUUAGAGUGUAGGGAGUGAGACGGGACAUAGACCUGGAGGAGUGAAUUUGGUACACCCUCUUACUUGAAUAAAGUAAGAGGGUGUUGUUCCAUCAGCUGUCCUGUAGGCCAGAGUCAAAGCCAAGUUAUUAUACAAAUCUAAAAACAUGACACCGUAUCACAGAAAUGGAGAUGACUGUUUAACCAGAUUGGAAAUGAGGAACAAUGUAAACUGUUAAAUAAACAAUACCCUUUCUGCCAAAAUAAAAGCUCCAAGUCAUAUACAGUAUGUUUGCAAAUACUGCUUUUUAUUAGGCCAUCUGAAUUGCAGUAUUAGUACAAAAACUUUAUUAUAAAAUGCACCUGAUUCAUUACAGGCUGAAGUUAUGUGGUGUCUCAGACCAGUGGUAAAGCAGCGCUCGUUCAGUUGGAAUGAAGUUAUUGGCUAGCUUUUCAAACAAUGUUCCUCUAUAAAAAUGUAAAGCUCAGAAAAAGCAAGAAGUUUCACCUGUGGCAUGGCAACAUAUAUUAUUUGGUCUAGUUCGAGGAGAAGCUUGUUGGUAGUGUCAAGAAUACAGGUCCAUUUGUGGAGCCUCAGUGAGUGCACUAAAAAACUAAAACAAGUGGAUGUUUAUGUAAGAUUUUAUUUGUUUAUAGUAAUGAACUUUAAUAACUACUGUAGAUGUCUGCAUAAAAAUACACACAGUAAACAUACAGUAUCAAACCAGCCCUUCUUGUGCCUUCUUGUUGCAUCUAGUGGUGGGUAUAUGUAUACCUAUAUGCAUAAACCUCCACAGUGAUUGAAGUAACGAGCAAGUCUUAAAUAUUUUUGAAAAGGGUAUUAAAAAGCAUGAAAUUGGAUGAGCUGAUACCUGCAGAUACCCUGUUAUAGAAUAUCAUAAAU